CAAUGCAAGUUGUAGAAACCCAAUAAUUUUGAUUGGGCCAAAGUUUGGAAAGUUAUCCUAUAAAUAGGAGUCCGUUUCUAGCAUUCAAAUACACCAACAAAGAGAGUAAUACAGAGAGGGUUUGAGAGAAGUUCACAGUUGUAGAAAAUAGUCUGUGAUGGAAAAUAAAGUGUGUGAGUGGAUGUUAUAGUGAGGUGUUUCGUUAUUUUUUUUUGGGUGUGGUGUAGUCUUACCAAGUUGUAAUGUUUUUCACUAUAGUGGUAUUAUAUUGCUUCUCUUGUGUAUUGUACUUUAUCCUCGUUAAAAGAUUAUUCUCUUGUUCUUGCUAUUUAAUGUGGAUAUUAUUCUGCGUGGGAUUAUUAUUUUCCCAACAGUCUCUCCUACAAGUGAAUCUUCCUUGAUUUUUCUUUGUAUAUCAAGACUACAUAUUUAAGAAGAAAAAGAGCAGGGCAACUCUGAUCAAUGGAGGCCAAUGAUGUUCCAACAGCCAGUGAAAUGUUCCGAGCUCAAGCUCAUAUCUACAAGCAUGCCUUCAGUUUUGCGAAUUCCAUGGUUCUUGGUUGUGCAAUUCAAUUAGGCAUACCAGAUGUAAUUAAUAAUCAUAAGCAACCAAUGACUCUGUCUGAGUUGGUCUCGGAGCUGAAACUUCCUGCUACAAAAUCAAAUGGAAUUCAUCGAUUGAUGCGCCUAUUGAUAUAUUCUGGCUUCUUCGCUACUAUUAAAAAGCUUGAUGAAAAUGAAGAAGGGUAUGUUCUUACAGCUUCUUCUAAGCUGCUUUUGAAGAGUGAAAUCCCAAAUUUGUCACCUUUGGUUAGAGCAAUGGUUGAUCCUGUUAUGGUGAAUCCAUGGCACUCUUUGGGGGAUUGGUUUCUUGGAAAUGAAACCAACCCAUUUGAAGCAGUACAUGGUGCACCCAUGUGGGAAUUAUGUGACCAAAAUCAAAGAUUCAACGAAGUUUUCAAUGAGGGAAUGGCUAGUGAUUCCCAAAUGAUGCGUUUGGUUGUAAAGGACUGCAAACAAGUUUUUGAAGAGGUAGAUUCCUUGGUUGAUGUUGGAGGUGGCACUGGUGUUAUUGCUAAGACUAUUUUGGCUGCGUUCCCUCGUUUAAAAUGCACUGUGUUAGACCUCCCUCGCGUUGUUGCUAACAUGCCAGAGACAGAAAAUAUGAAGUAUGUGGGAGGUGACAUGUUUCAGUCAAUUCCCUCUGCUGAUGCCAUUUUGUUUAGGCAUGUUAUGCAUAAUUGGAGUGAUGAGGAUUGUGUGAAGAUGCUAAAAAGAAGCAGAGAAGUUAUCAGGGAUAAAGAGGAUGGAAGUAAAGGGAAGGUUCUUAUCAUUGACAUAGUAUUGAAUAGAAAUGAAGAAGAAGCAGACAUAACAGAAGUGAAGCUCAUUUCUGAUGUACUGAUGAUGGUGCUUCUCAAUGGAAGGGAGAGAACUGAGAAAGAAUGGGAAAAGUUAUUCCUUGAUGGUGGCUUCAUGAGCUACAAAAUUACUUUUGUCUUUGGCAUAUGGUCCCUCAUUGAAGUUUUCCCUUAAAAUAAUAUGUUCCUUAGUUUGUAUGUUUUUUUCAUUGAGUUUAAGUUCUAAGUACUGAAUGUGUGAACGUAUUCAUUCAAUCAAGUUAUAUUAAGAUAAUUACAUGUAAGUUUUUAUUAUAGAAGACGUAUUACAGGUUGUUCUUCUGCAUAAAGAAGUCCAUGGACGAUUAGAAUUGUGGAUUAUUUUUUUUCUUACUCUGUUAAUUUAAUAAUUACUUCUAGUUGUUG